GUACCCAUCCCCGUCUUAACAUGUUGGCACAGUUGGUCCUUUUGGAGGGAGACCCGUUAAGCAUGUCCUGGACUGGAGAAGGCCGCUUCCGAUUAGAUACCGUCGCGCUUGGGUUUGCACAAUCAGGAACUAGCAUUGUCUUGAAUGCCGCCGUUCUCCUGCUUCUCAUCCCGGUACUAUGGUCUCUGCACAUGCGAUUUCACAAGAAGUUUGGUGUCUUGCUAAUAUUCUGGCUGGGUGAAUUUUGCUGUGUGGCUUAUUUUGUUCCACGCGUUGCUGUCGAAAGCGGCCGUUGACCAUGCCUUGGUUCUUAAGUAUUAUCCAUGAUCUUCCCAGUUUCCUCUCCAAAAGCUGUGUAGUAACAUGGACGACAGGCCUCCAGUCCAAGAUGAUUAUCCUCGUGCUCAUAGAGCCCAAUUGUUCCAUUAUUGCCGCCUGUCUUCCAUGUUACGGCGCUCUGUUUGUUGGGGCAACAUCACUCAAGUCAAUAAUUCAUAGCUUCCGUACCGUCUUCACGGUCGGUAGCCAGAGCAGCACCUACUCCAAGUCCAACAUACGCAAUCGAAACGGCCUUGGACUUGCCAUAGACAGUGCAGAUAAGUUCCAAGGAACCAGGAACUCCCAGGUUGAACUUACUGGGACUGUACCCCGGUGGCCUGAAGCAUCAGCUGGCGGGCACACGACUGUUCAUAUCAAUAGCCCCGUCCAGCAGCACGAAUCACGAGCCAGCCAAUGCCAAUCCCCUGGAAUUACAGUGGAGACUGCACUCAAUGUCUCCACAGCUCACUGAUCCGUUUCGUGGCAGGGAUUCGCUCUCUUUACGUUACGUAUCAUGUUAGAGAAUUCAUGGAACGGAGGAAAUCCGGAAUGAUCUCGCAGGAUAUGCCAUCUUGUCAGAUAUUGUAUCUAUCAUCAAAGUA